GACGUUCAGUCCCGAGACUCCGGUGGACCAUAUCAAAAUUUAUGUCGUUAUGAGCAUCUGAUCUUUGGAUCAACACUUUUGGUCGCUUUCUAUUCAUGUUAUUCAUGGCGUUUGCUGUAGCGCUCAACAUCGAUUUGACCGUCGAACACCGAAUUUUCGUUCCGAUAUCACUCCUCGUGGUUCACAGGAAAUGUUCUUGACGACCUCAGCUCUCUGCUGCUGGAAGCCUUCUCCAAUGAACCGCAGAAAGGUCGAAAACGUCUAUGUCGUCAUUGACACCGAUAUCGAUGACGUGAUUGGCAUGAGAGGCAGAAAUUCAAACUUUGAUUUUGAAAGCUGUCCCGUCACAUCUUCAAUUGCAACUACCAUGGCCCCGCUCACUCAUCCCUCUAUCCAAGAUGGCUGGUUCGGUAGCGAUGGUGGUGUCGUUCGAGAAGUGUUAAAGCACGACUCGGCUGUAAUCCGAGCAUCCAAGCAGUAUCUUCCCCAUGUGUCCUCUCUUCUUUCGUCUGCGAAUGUGACUGUUUCAUUGGAGACGGUUUCAAGUUCCUGGCUGAGCAUAAAGGUCGCUAUGACGCCAUUAUCACCGACUCUUCGGAUCCUGUUGGUCCUGCAGUCUCUCUUCCAAAAGCCCUACUUCCAGCUUCUCCACGACGCCCUUGCUCCCGGUGAUGACAUCUCCACUCAAGGAACAUGUCUUGUUGCACCUUCCACUCAUCUCCCAGCUUAUAUCAAUGACACUCGAGAUUUUUCCUGUCUCCCAGUACGGCUACACGACCAUCCCCACCUACCCUUCUGGUCAGAGAGGCUUCAUAGUCUGUUCCAAGGAACCUGAUCGUGACUUGAGCAAGCCCCUGCGUAAGCUCAGCGAUACGAGGUAUUACAACAAUGCUGUCCAUACGUCUGCGUUCGUCCUCCCUAUGUUUGUUAGCGUCUUUCUGUCCGAGGGCAAGAACGUACA